AUGUCGCUGAGACUUUUCCAUAGACUCGACACCGCCAAGACACAGUACUACCACUUCCAGGCCGUCAUCGUGGCAGGAAUGGGGUUAUUCACUGAUGCCUACCAUCUCUUCUCCAUCACACCGAUCACGAGACUGCUCGGACACAUAUACUACGAAUCCCAUGGCAACCAAGUACCGCCUGUCAUCGAAUCAGCCAUGCUGGCCGUUGCUCUCCUUGGCGCUGCGAUUGGUCAACUCAUCUUCGGCAGGCUCGGUGAUCUUGUAGGGAGGAGGCGCUUGUAUGGCCUCGCCUUGAUGCUCAUGAUGGCCGGCUCCAUCGGGUGUGGAUUCUCCGUGGGCACUACAAAAGGCUGCAUUCUAGCGAGUCUAGGGUUUUUCAGGUUCUUGCUCGGGGUAGGGAUCGGAGGAGAUUACCCGCUCUCGGCGACGAUCAUGUCGGAGUAUGCUAACAAGAGGAUGCGUGGCAGAUUCAUGGCAGCUGUCUUCUCAAUGCAAGUGUUUGGGAUUCUGGCCAGCUCCGCUGUGACGAUGGCAGUGUGCAAGAUAUUUGGCCGAAUUUACCAUCCGUCACCAAAAGAUCCGACACCAAAAGAAGCUGAUAUUGCCUGGAGGUUGAUAUUGAUGCUAGGUGUUAUUCCUGCUGUGAUGACGUUUUACUGGCGGAUGAAGAUGCCUGAAACGGCAAGGUACACCGCUUUAGUGGAGAAAAAUGUCCUCCAAGCUACCCAGGACAUGGAACGAGUCCUAGACAUGUCCCCUGGCCAAAUCCCGGAGGGCCAUUUCUUACAGCCAAGCCAGUCAUCCUACCCUCUCUUCUCCAAGCAAUUCUUCCUCUGCCACGGCCGCAACCUCCUUGCCUGCUCCGCCACAUGGUUCCUCCUCGACAUCGUCUUCUACAGCAACGCCCUCUUACAAUCCAAGAUCUACAAGAAGUACCUGCCCGAUGAAGACCCCAGCAAGGCAGUCACCGCCUUGGAGGCCGCCUUUGAGGUUGCGCGUUUACAGGCCAUCGUGGCAUCCUGCUGCAUGAUCCCUGGCUGCAUCGCCGCCGUCUUCCUCAUUGACCGCGUUGGGCGGCUCCCCAUCCAAGCUGUCGGAUUCUUCUUCAUGGCCAUCGUUUACUUGUCCCUCGGAGUGCCAUAUGUCAAAUAUUGGAACGACCACACAGACCCGCUGUUCAUGUUCCUGUACGGCCUGACAUUCACCUUCGCCUACUGCGGGCCCAACACAACCACGUUCAUCUUGCCGGCUGAGCUUUUCCCCGCACGGUUCAGGACGACAUGCCACGGGAUCGCUGGGGCCGCGGGAAAGGCCGGGGCGAUAAUCGGCGUCGUGGGGCUCGUGAUGGCCACACAGGGUGAUUAUAAAAAAGGGGCCACGCCCACUCAGGGUGAUGACCAAAAGGAGGCAUCGAGGACCAGAGUUGCAUUGAUCAUAUUGAGUGGGAUUUGCCUGGUGGGGAUGGCGGUGACUAGCAUGUUCACGAAGGAGACUAAGGGAACAUCGCUUGAGGAGAAUGAAUGA